ACGCGUCUCACAAGAACGCAUAUCAUCUCUGCAUCGUCAUUUCGACAUUUUAUGCCAUGAACAUUUCUUCUCUCCUUCCUUCUGCCGUGGCCGGCCAUCAGCCCAGGCCAGGCGGGACUCGCCGGGCCGACGAGGUGGGCCCGAGCCCCGGCGAGCGCUUCCCUCGCCAGAUCCAGGGAGGCAGGCCAACCCUCGCCGGGGCUCACCCUCCUGGCUGCCGGCAAAAGGAAGAAGAUAGAGAAAAGAAAAAGAAAGAAACAAUCAGAAAAACAAAUGCAGAUUUUAUGUUCCUUUUGGGACAAUCGGUUGCAUAAGUAAUUUCCAUUCUUAUUUAUAUCUUGAUUUUAGACAGGGAAGUAGGAAAGCAGAAGCUAUGGAAGUCAUCAGUAAUGGGAGCCAAUCGACCAGCAACCGUGCCGAUGAAGAGAUGAAGAAUCGUAACCGGAAAAUAAGAGCAGUCAAUCUGGGGGGCUGGCUAGUCACAGAAGGAUGGAUCAAGCCUUCCCUCUUUGAUGCAAUCCCCAACAAGGACUUCUUGGAUGGGACUGGACUUGAAUUCAAAUCGAUGGUGGUUGGUAAGUAUCUUUGUGCCGAAUCUGGCGGAGGCAGCCGGGUAGUCGCCAACGGGACAGAUUCCGAUUGCGAUUGGAAGACAUUCAGGCUGUGGAGAAUCGACGAGAGGGUCUUCAACUUCAGGGUCGCCAACAAGCAAUUCGUCGGCCUGGACUCUGGUGGGGACGGGGUCGAUCUAGUGGCUACUCGUCAUGAACCAGGAGCUUCAGAAAACUUUGAGAUUGUGAGAAACCCGGACGAUCCAAGCCGAGUUAAAAUCAAAGCUUUCAAUGGCCUUUUCUUACAGGUAAGGAUGAAGGAACAAGUGACAGCUGAUUAUGAUCAACGUGACGAGAGCAAUGCAUGGGGAGAUGAAAACCCAUCCGUGUUUGCCAUGGAGUUCACUCAAAGAUUAGAAGGCGAGUUCCAAGUCACCAAUGGCUAUGGACCAGACAAAGCCCCCGAAGUCAUGAGGGAACAUUGGAGUACGUUCAUAGUGGAAGAUGAUUUCAAGUUUGUAGCUGAGAAUGGAUUGAACGCCGUGAGAAUUCCCGUGGGUUGGUGGAUAGCAAGCGGCUUAAAUCCUCUACCCCCUUAUGUCGGUGGUUCCUUGGCCUUUCUGGACAAAGCCUUCGCUUGGGCAGAGACGUAUAGGUUGAAGGUCAUUAUUGACCUGCGCGCAGCACCUGGUUCCCAAAAUGGCUGGGCACGGAGCUCGUCAAGAGAUGGGUUCCGGGAAUGGGGAGAAACGAAUGACACCAUCCAACAAACCCUCCAUGUCAUAGAAUUCCUCACGUUCCGAUACUCCAAGAGCCUUUAUGCGGUUGACCUUCUGAACGAGCCACUCGCCGGGACACUCCCUCAAGAGACUGUCGAAAAUUACUACAUUGCCGGGCACAAUGCUGUCCGCAAGCACUCCCCUACUGCUUACGUGUUCAUGUCGUGCAUUCUCGGAAACUCCGGGGAGGAGGUGCUGCUCCCCAACGUGAGCGGCCUGGACAGGACAGUUGUGGAUGUGCAAUGCUAUUUUAAGGGCAACACAGGGGACACCAUCCAAGAUAACCCUCCUUUGCUUUACGAAUACUGGCUUGCCGAAUUGGGAAGUCCCACUACAUCAAAUGGACCUCUCAUUUUUGUGGGUGAAUGGGUAGUGGGCUGGGCUAAAAAAACCAAAGAGGAGUACCAAAAGUUAGCGGAGGAUGAACUGGAAGUAUACGGAAGAGCCACAUUUGGAUGGUCCUAUUGGACUCUCAAGUGUGCAGAAAACCAAUAUAGCUUGGAAUGGAUGAUCAAGAAUGGGUACAUUAAGCUUUAGAUAUUACCUUCAGAUACUAUAUAUAUAUAUGAGCUCUGAUUAUCUUUGUAAGCUUUAAUUAUUUUUCAUCAAGUUAAACUUUUAGUCAUCUUUGAAUGAAAAAGCUGUCUAGGCAAACUCUAGAGCACAUACGACGCUCUUAAUAGACCUUGCAGAUUCCGUGAAGAUUUUGAUAAUGGUAAU